GCGGGUGGGAGGAAGAUGGUCCGAGAGGGCGGAAGUGGCCUGGGCCGCCUCCCGGUUGGGUGAGAGCAGGGGGCGGAGGGCGCCACUGAGGCGGGGACGGGCCUCGCCGCCGUUGCCAGUUCCAUAAUGGCAGACGCUAAUCCCUCCCCUCUGAAACACUUUGUGCUGGCAAAGAAGAAGAUUACUGCUAUUUUUGAACAGCUGCUGGAUUAUGUUACAGAAGGAACAGAUUUUGUUAACGAAACCUACGAAAACCCGGAGCUGGAUCAUAUUGUCACUGAGGAGGAACUGGCCGAAAUACAGGUGUAUAAAAACAGGCUGUCUGUCAUCGGUGAAGUACUUGCUCGGCGGCACAUGAAAGUGGCUUUUUUUGGCAGAACCAGCAGCGGAAAGAGUUCAGUCAUCAACGCCAUGCUCUGGGACAAGGUGCUCCCCAGCGGCAUUGGCCACACCACCAACUGCUUUCUCAGCGUGGAGGGAACAGACGGUGAUAAGGCUUACCUCAUGACCGAAGGCUCCGACGAGAAGAAGAGUGUCAAGACAGUUAAUCAGCUUGCCCAUGCCCUGCAUAUGGAUAAAGACUUAGAGGCCGGCUGCCUGGUGCACGUGUUUUGGCCAAAGGCCAAGUGUGCCCUCUUGCGAGACGACUUGGUCUUAGUGGACAGCCCCGGCACGGACGUCACCACUGAGCUCGACAGCUGGAUCGACAAAUUCUGUUUGGAUGCUGAUGUUUUUGUUCUAGUCGCCAACUCCGAAUCAACUCUUAUGAAUACGGAGAAGCAUUUUUUUCACAAAGUCAAUGAAAAACUUUCCAAACCGAAUAUCUUUAUCCUGAAUAAUCGAUGGGACGCUUCUGCAUCCGAGCCCGAGUACAUGGAGGACGUACGAAAACAGCACACAGAACGAUGCCUGACUUUCUUGGUAGAUGAACUCAAAGUUGUGGACCCUGCCGAAGCCCAGAACCGAAUCUUUUUCGUUUCAGCCAAGGAGGUCCUUAGCGCUAGAAAACAGAAAGCUCAGGGGAUGCCAGCGGGAGGUGACGGGCUUGCUGAGGGAUUUCAGACGCGGUUCCAAGAAUUUCAGCAUUUUGAGAAAGUGUUUGAGGAGUGUAUCUCGCAGUCAGCUGUGAAAACCAAGUUCGAGCAGCACACUAUCAGAGCUAAACAGAUCCUAGACACCGUGAAAAACAUUAUGGACUCCAUAAACGUGGCAGCAGCCGACCAAAGAGUACGUUCCAUGGAGGAGCGAGAGGAGCAGAAGGAUAGGCUGGAAUUCAUUCGGAACCAGCUCAACAUUCUAACAGAUGACAUUAAGUUAAAAAUCAAAGAAGUUACGGAGGAAGUCGCGAACAAGGUGUCUUCUGCCAUGACUGAUGAAAUCUGCCGACUUUCGGUAUUGGUGAAUGAAUUUUGCUCUGAUUUUCACCCAUCCCAACAAGUUUUGAAAUUAUACAAAAGUGAACUCAACAAGCACAUAGAAGAAGGCUUGGGAAGGAACCUGGCUGACCGGUGCUCGAGUGAAGUCAACAUAUCAAUGCAUCAGUCGCAGCAGGAAAUGAUUGAAAACCUGAAGCCGCUCUUGCCUUCCGGGGUUCAGAAUCAGCUCCAUUUGCUCAUUCCGUGCAGGAAGUUUGACCUCAGCUACGAUCUGAACUGCCACAGCCUCUGCUCAGAUUUCCAAGAGGAUAUCACGUUCCGGUUUUCCCUGGGCUGGACCGCCCUUGUCAGUCGGUUCCUUGGCCCAACAAAUGCUCACCGGGUGCUCCUGGGCAUGGCAGAGCCAACCAUUGCCCUCCCUAGGUCUCUAGCCUCAACGCCUUGCACAACCAGUGCCCCUGCCUUGACUCCAGAGAACACAUCACAGGAGGAACUCAUGGUUUCCUUGGUAACAAAUUUGGCAUCACUGACAUCCCGGACCUCCAUGACUGUUAUCAUUAUUGGAGGAGUGGUUUGGCGAACCGUUGGCUGGAAGGUCAUCUCCCUUUCCAUGAGCAUGUACGGCCUGCUGUAUCUCUACGAGAGGCUCACCUGGACAACCAAAGCCAAAGAGCGAGCUUUCAAACAGCAGUUUGUGAACUAUGCCACCGAAAAGCUGCAGAUGAUUGUCACCUUUACCAGUAGAAAUUGCAGCCACCAAGUGCAACAGGAAAUGGCCACUACAUUUGCUCGCCUCUGCCAGCAAGUUGACAUCACUGAGAGAAACCUGGAAGAAGAGAUUGCCAGGCUGUCCAAAGAAAUCGAUCAGCUAGAGAAAAUCCAGAGCAACUCCAAGCAUCUACGGAAAAAAGCAGUUCACCUGGAAAAUGAACUCGAUGAAUUCACAAAGCAUUUUCUCCAGACAAAAUGAAGAGAGACUUUUGUCUCCCCCCCGCCACCCCAUCCCGCAGCGCUCCUGUUGGGAGCUCCAGGUGGAACUUACAAAAUGUGAUUUUCCACACUCAAGCCGAAUGAAUUUUUUCAAGCCCCCUUUGUUCUUCUCUCUCUCCACUGCUGGCCGACUCCUUUUUAAUGCCCAGAUAAAUGAAUUGGGCCCAAGAGCUGCCGGAGCUGGGAAGUAUUAUUAACUGUUGACGUGGUCAUUUGGCAGUUUUUCUUAAAAAAGAAAUUAUUUAUAUUUACUGGUAAUAUAAAAUAUAUUAUUUGGAGAUGUAAAAAAAAAAAUUCAAGCAAAAUAAACUAGCAAGCCCUAUAGUAUUUUGUAUUAGCUUUUAUCCCGAGGUAAUCUCUUCCUUCUGGCAUCCAGGUAGAGGAGAGACAUACACACCCCAUUCUUAUGUAAAAGUAAUUAUCUCAGGGCCAAACUAGCGGAGAUGCCAUUCUCAGGGAGAACGUAGGACGGCGUCUCGUCUGUUUUGGCCCUGAGCUGGAAUACUCUGUGGAAAUGGGCCUUGCUGGCUUUUUCCACACUUCAGUUGCAGAGCUUACAUGCCGAGUGAUGGCGUAUUUGAUGAAGAGGUUUAUAGAAUUUAAAUGCACGGUGCCAGUGACUUACGGACUUCACUUUCUUCUGAAGCAUGUUUUUUGAGCUGCAUAGGGAAGCUUUACCAUCCUCGCCAAUAAAACACUGCAGUUAAGAUUACUUGACCAGAGGGAUUGUAUAGUUUUGCCCUCAUUUCCCCAAAUCACAAUGAAUCCCCACAACUCAAAGGUGUGGAAGGCAAGAAUAAGAGCCAUUGGAACAACGGUCAUUGAAUUUUCUGUGCAAUAGUGAGUUUAGCUACAACUGUUUCUGCGCUUCUAACAGUUGUAGUUCCGACUGCUUUAUGCAGAAAAUCUGAAAAUCUGCAGCAGUCAUGAAUUAAUUGAAUUCCAUGCACACUGCCUAAAAUUCUUUUUAAGAGCCUGGUUUAUAUAGUCAAAGGGGGAAUGGGAUGCAGAGUUACUUGUUUCCUAGCCAUUUCUCUCACAUAGACAUAUACUGCUAGCUCUGUAGCUUCCUUGAAGACUGGCACAAGCUAAGGAGCGGGCGUAUCCCUUAGGGGCGGGCUAAUCCAUCGACCGCAGCCUUAUUAUCCAGUGGUUCAGUGAUGUGCCGUCAUCAAGGAAGCCUGUGGCUCUUUGCAUCCUUCCCAUGGCCACCCUGCAUCAACUAGAAUGAACCACAGAUGUCCUCUGUCCACUUGUAUAGGCCAAGUGAUGCAUGCUAUUUUUGUAAUACUUUUCCAAAUGUGUGUAACUUACACAAAAGCAUUUUUAAGAGUAGAGGAGUAAAAUGAAAAUGUGCAUGUUUUUAAAGUAAAAUGAGAAUGAAUUCUUCAUCCUUGUUUUGUACUGGUGCUGGAAAGGAAGAAAUCACUGGUCACACCAAGGGCUGCCCGAAGCGUUGGUUUCUAUCCUGUUUUCUUGCAGAGCAAGAAAUGAAGUGUUGUCAUUGUGUGUUUUUCCCUGACGGUGCACUGAAACCAUCUGAAAUGUUUAAUGCAGCUCUUCUAAAUGCUGCCUAGAAAUAUGAAAAGGGGGAAAUUCCAGAUGCAGCCAGAUGCAUUUUAAUUUUUUUAAAAAUGUGACUGUCUAAUUUCAAGGUUAUUUAAGAGAUUCCAGUUCCAUUAUCCCUCCAGCCCUUGCAGCAUCAGUACGAGUCUCUCAUUCUGACAAGCAUAUUUGCCAAGGAAAACACUAAGUAAGUUCUUCCCCUUUAGGGAAAUUGCAUUGCUAGAGUUGGCCACAAAUGUUUGCUGUACUUCACUGGCCGUGGAAAUGCGGUAAGAGCAGACCGACAAUCAGUAUUUUCUUUGCAAGAUUACCAGUUUUCUGUUGGAAUUUGUUACUAAAUAAACUUCUAGAUUUC